CGAGCACACGGUGGAGUAGGAGCAAGUAACAAGCAAAUUGUUACUUGUUGCGCAUCGUCGGUUCCUUGCUACGCUCUAUUGGGUUUCGUCAUCACUUUGUUAUCGUCGAGAAAGACCAUCUCGCGUCAUCUUCAUCGGCGACGCGACGCGUAGGCGAGGUCGUCCAGGGAACAGGAGCACACGGAGCGACGGACGCGUGGAGUGCGACGACAUCAAUGACGAUGACGCGCCCCUUGAUGUAGGCCAUUUUGCGUGGCGUUGGAACCGAAAGGGCCUGUUCCUCCAGGGGCAAAUUUGCACACUCUUCCUCUCUCAGAUGCCUGCUUCUUGGACGCGAGCAGCUGGAAGUUCAGUAUGUUACGUAUGGUUUGCAGAUGUCCAUGUAGAAUAGAAGCAGCAAGUUAGGAAAGUCCAGUUUGUCUGUGGAUGAAAUCUCUACGAAUAAGGAAACUUCCUGGAGAUAGAAAUCGCUACGUGACGCAAUGGAAGAGGUGAUAGAGAUCGUGAAGGUGGAGGAGUGUGAUACACUUAUUGAGAACGGAGCUACAGAAGUUUUGUUUGAUGGGGCUAUCUCACAAGAGGGUAUAGUUGUGGCCAGUAGACCAGCUACUGACAAUGAGAGAGACGAUCUGGUUAUUUCGAUUAUAACUGAUUAUCAAUGUGUAACAUGUCAUCGUAUAUUCCAAUCAAAGGAUAUGUUGCAGAAGCAUGUAGAGAUGUGCAGAGAGGAAGAUGACUCAAAUAAUAUCAUAGGGCUUGAUGAUAUGACAAAUUACGAUUCAGAAGAAGAAGAAGACGAAGAAGAAGAAGAUGAUCCUGAAUCUUUAAAUGUAGAUCUCUCUGAAGAUUCGGAUUCCAAAAGUCAAAAGAAUAAUAAUGAAAAACCUGUCAUUAAGCCUGUACCUGAAACGCAGUGUCAUUGCUGCGCGGAAGAUAUAAAGACGGCACACAGUGGUGGAGAGUACAAGUGUUCACAUUGCGACCUCAGUUUUAAGAAAAAGGCAUCUUUGGCAAGACACGUUGUAGUCAUACAUUGGAAGUGCGAAUCAUGUACAUGCAACGAAUGCGGUUCUUCUUUCCGCGAUAAGAAAGCUUUGAAUAAGCAUCGCUAUACAACACAUGAAGAUCGUAAAAUUUUUAAAUGUGAACCUUGCGACACUUAUUUCUCCCGGAGCUAUCAUUUAAAUCGGCACAUAAUGCAAUCUGGGUGUCACGGUAACAUACUUAAUACAUUCAGAUGUCAAGUUUGCAAGAAAGAUUUUACGCGUAAGGACAAUUUACGGGAACACUUGCGUACUCACGCGGGAACGCCCCAGAGACAAAAAAAGAAGUGCCAAUAUUGCCCGAAGGAAUUUUUUACGAAUCAACAAUUGUUGGUACACGAACGCAUGCAUACGGGAGAGCGACCAGUCCAAUGCGAUUUAUGCCCAAAGACAUUUCUAUCGCCGCUCGCGCUGAAAAAACAUCGUCGUGUACACACCGGAGAGAAGCCGUUCGAAUGUAAAUAUCGUUAUGGAUGGAAAAAAAUUGCCUGUCAGAGAAAAUUUGCCGCUCGCGAGACAUUAAAUCGUCAUCAACGAACGCACACUGGCGAGAAACCACACGUAUGCCAGUAUUGUGGCAAAUCGUUCAUACAGGCAGCGCAAUUAAGGGCACAUGUAUUCCAUCACACCGGGGAGAAUGGCUUCUAUUGCGAUGUAUGCGGCAAGGCGUUUAAUCGGAAGGCGCGUUUAAAUAUUCACAAAAAAUUCGUACACGAGGGGGCAAUCCCAUUCACAUGUGACGUCUGCGAGAAGGGUUUUACACGAAGGGAGGACUUGGUGAAACACAGAUUGUUACACACUGGCAUCAAACCGUUUAAAUGCGACAAGUGCCCGAAAGCCUUCUCGGCGAAAUCAUCGUUGCAGGCUCACCUUAACACUCAUAGACGCGAACCGCCACAAUCAUGCGUCGAAUGCAAUAGAGUCUUUAUCCGGCAAGACUGCCUGAUGCGGCACAUUCGGGCGAGGCAUCGGGAAUUGUUGGAGGACGUGAUGAACGAGGUCGAGAAAAAGCAUUUGCAAACGCAGUUGUACAACAUCGCAUCGGCUGCUGCCGCCAAGACGAAAGCAGGCAAAUCCAGAACACUCUCCUCCGAUGAGUUGCUGAAUGCCAUCAGAGAUCUCUUGAGGAUACUUAUUGACGAGGAAACGUUGCAGCUGUUUGGUUGGCCGGAAACUCCAACACAAGACAUCCUCGAAGCCGUGAUCAGAAGAUGCGGACACGAGCCGAUAACAGCGGAAAGCAACGUGAUACUUACCGAGAGGCUACGACAAAACGUAAAACUUCUAUUCACCGUUGUCAUCGACACGGUGAACGAUCAUGAAGUCAAGUCUCUCUUGACGACGAAAACAGUGGACGACGUCAUUCUUCAUGUUUUAGAAAUAUCUAAUUCAGAUUAGGAACGAAGAAAAUAACAAAACAAGAGACGAUCAUACUUUUCCAAUAUGUUUUAAGAUUUAUACAAACAAAAAAACAAAAAAGUAAACGAACUUAUAUAUUUUAUAAAAAUAUAUAAUCGGAAAAUUAUUUAGAAAUUGUCAAGUAUAAUAACCUUUAGUAAAGGUUAUUAUCGUGUCAAAGCUUACAAUUUAUAUCACGUGCCUUUUUAAGUAUUUUUUUAAGGAUUCUUCGAAGAUUAUUGUUAGAUUUUGAGAUUGUAUAAAUGAGAUUUAUAUGAUAAUGCACUCAUAUAUGAAUGUAUAUAUUUUACAUUAUUUUAUGCGGACGACGGGUGAAUAAAGUACACGAGUUUGUCAUUUUAAAAAAUGAAAAAA